AUGAAGUUCACUGUUCUCGCCACGGCCUUCGCCAUGGCCCACCAGGCCGCUGCGGUCGGCGUCGUCGGUGCUGCCGAGGGUUUUGCUAAGGGCGUCACUGGUGGCGGCUCUGCAACCCCCGUCUACCCCUCGACCGUCGCCGAGCUGACCAGCUACCUGACCGACUCGUCCGCCCGCGUCAUCGUCCUCAACAAGGAGUUCAACUACAUCGGCUCCGAGGGCACCACCACCGAGACCGGCUGCCGCCCGGCCUCCAACAAGUGCCCUGGCAACGGUGGCCAGGACGCCAUCAACCACGCCAGCUGGUGCGACAACGGCAACGCCGGCACCGGCUCGACCUCCAUCUCCGUCACCUACGACACUGCCGGUGUCGAGGGCAUCAAGGUCGGCAACAACAAGUCCAUCAUUGGUGUUGGCUCCAAGGGUGUCAUCCGCGGCAAGGGUCUGCGCAUGGCCGGCGUCAAGAACGUCAUCAUCCAGAACAUCCACAUCACCGACCUCAACCCCCAGUACAUCUUCGGUGGUGAUGCUCUCACCCUUGAUGGCACUGACAUGAUCUGGAUUGAUCACGUGAAGGUGAGCUCCAUCGGACGUCAGUUCGUCGUCCUGGGCAACGGAGCAAACACGCGUGUUUCGAUCUCAAGCUCGGAGUUUGACGGCCACACGGACUACUCAGCUACGUGCGAUGCGCACCACUACUGGGCGCUCUACUUCACCGGUUCCUCCGACAUGGUCACCUUCAAGGGCAACUACAUCCACCACACCUCUGGCCGCUCGCCCAAGGUCGGCGGCAACACCCUCCUCCACGCCGUCAACAACUACUGGUACGCCAACUCGGGCCACGCUUUCGACAUGGGUUCCACCAGCUCCAACGCCGUCAUUGAGGGCAACGUUUUCCAGAACGUCGUCACUCCUCUUCUUGAGAACAAGGGCAAGGUUUAUGCUCCCACUUCGGUUCAGAGCACUUGCUCCACCUAUCUUGGUCACUCUUGCCAGGCCAACGCUUUCGGCAGCUCUGGUACUCUUGCUGGCACCGACAGCUCUGUCCUUUCUAGCUUCAGCGGCAAGAACGUUGCUACGGCCAGCUCUGCCAGUGGUGUUGCUGCUGCCAAGUACGGCAUUGGCAUCGUUGCUUAA